AUGGAAUCGGAUUCAACUCUACCAAAAAUCGAAUAUACCUAUCAUUUGUUUAAUGAAAAUGACUUUAUGUUUUCAUCAUCGGCAACAACAACGGAAUCAGUUUAUCAAGAUGACGAUAGUCCGUUACAUCAAAUCAAUGAAGAAUCGAUUGCUCAAGAUAUAGAGAAAAAUAAAGAAUCUUUAAAACGAAAACUACAACAACGUCGAUCGAUGAAACAACUUGCUGAUAUUGGCAUAAUGCCACCACCAAAAGCUCCACCACCAUUUUAUGAACAACGAAAAAAAUUACAAAUGAGAAAAACACAAGAUAUAUUGAAAAAUAAAAUUGUUACUCGACCAGAUCGACAGUUACUUAUUGAACAUAAUAUAUUGUCAGAUACAAAUGUUGCGCCAGCUAUACAGAAUAAACAACGACAAUUAAAACGCGCAAAAUUAGCCGAUGAUCUCAAUGAUAAAUUAGCACAAAGACCAGGACCUUUAGAUUUGAUUGAAAAUAAUAUAUUACAAUUUGAUAAUACAAACAUUAAACAAGCAAUACAAGGUGGAUUAAUCAAAUUUCCUAAAUCAACUAAUGUACACUUUUCCAAAAAUCCAUAUUCAUUCGAUGAGACAAUAUUUAAUAUUUCUCCUGGAACCAUAUUAACAACUGUUUAUACUUCGUCGUCGCCGUCAUCAACAUCGUCCGGUUUCGAAGAACAAACUUCGUUCUCCGAUUCGUCAUCAUCCUCUUGCUCAUCCACCGUUUCGUAUCAGACAAUCAAAACAUCUAAAUUACCGUCAAAACGUGCACAAAAAGGCAAUUUAAUAUUUCAUGAAUAUAAGGGACCAUCACAGAAAGCAGAAAUCACCAAACUUCCGCCUGCUCCUUCUCUGCCUGCCGUAGCAUUGCCAACGGUGAUUCCUACUGAAGAAACAGCGAAUGGAGAUCAUUAUAAAAUUCGUUUACAACAACAACAGUUAUUUCUCGACUUAAUUGAUGUGCCAGAUACGAAGCCAUCAAUCGAUGAUCCUAUUGUUUCUUUACUUCAACAACCGAUUCAUUCUUCACUAUUACCCCCAACAACAAUCAACGUUUCUGCAUUGGCAAGCACAUUAGCUCCAUCACCAUCACCACCAUUAUCGGUACAAAAUGAUGGUUUAGACGAAAUGAAAUUGAUUGACCUUCGAAAUGAAUGCAAAAAACUCAACAUCACAACAAGUGGAAAUAAAACACAAUUGAUAACGAAGAUAAAAAAUGCAAUAAAUAAAAAAGCAAUUGAUAUUUCUAACAGUUGUAUAGCAUUUGACCCCACAUUGCAUUCAUCAGUUAACCCAGUAACGGCAUCAGAUAUUGCAAAUCCAAUUCAACGUUCGGUAACAUCGUUUAGUUUCCAACCUAGUCAGCAGACAUGUGUCAUAUCACCAAAUCCAGUUAACCAUGCAUCGACUGCAAUUCCGUUGACGAUUAGACCAACUAUCAAAUCACAAACGAUAACCAUUCCAUUAGAGACUAUUGAACAACAACAACAACAACAACUACAACAACAGCAGCAACGAUUGAAAAAAGACAACUCUUCCGUUAAUUUAUUGUGUAUGUAUUCUUUGUUUCCGUUAUAUCCUUGUCUGUUAUUUUCGUUUUUGUGUGUAGUGUCAACAUCGCUAUUGAGCCAUGAAGAAUUAUAUUUACAACAACAGCAAAAAAUAACCGAAUUAGAAAAUGAGUUACAAAAAUUAAAGAAGCUUGAUCAAACACAGCAACAACAAGAACAAGUAACAGCCAAUGUUAUGAACCUCCAUCAACAAUAUGUUCAAGUUCCCAUACAACAGCCUACACCAAAAUGUUCUCCAAUUUUAUCUGUUCAAAUACAAAAACGUAUACUAAUGCAACAACAAGAACGAUUAAAACAAAAACUUGAAGCGAAUCAAACUAAACAAUCUGUUCAUCUAUUACCAAUAAAUCAAACAAAUAAUCAUCAAAUAACCCUGUCAACCGAACUCAUGGCAGCAUUGGUAGCUGCGAAUAAUAACAAUAUACAAACAAUAAAUGCUACUAAACCAACGCUUAUUACACAAACAUCAACGCCAACAUAUAAAAAAGUAGCAGCCAUAAAAGUGAAACAUGAAAGAAGAAAAACCAUACCAAAUUUAAAAUCAAACGAUACAAAGAUUUUUCCGCAUUCAUUCGAAGAAACAUUAACGAGCAAACAAACAGAUACUCCACAAUUCGAGCAAAAAAAUAUUAUCUUUGACUCAGCAUCAUUUUGGUCUUCAAACAAUGUAUCAGCAGUAAAUCCUAUACAAGAUAGUACAUUUUUUCUUCAACAAAACGGAACAAAAAUUGAAAAUAAUCAAACAGAGAUUGAAGAUGAUAUAUUAAACUUACUAAAUGACUAUAGAGAAACAUCUAUUCAUUCAAUGUCACCUGAUACAUCGCCACCAUCUUCGUUUACGAAUCCAAUCGUCGUAACAAAUUCCUCCUCCUCAUUACCAUCUAUCAGCAGUUUUAUUCCAAUUAAUUCCUCUUCUUCUUUGACGUUACCAACUCCAUUUUAUGACACUUAUACUUCAUCGAGUAAUGAUAUGGAAUGGCUAUCACCAAUCACAAAUGAUCAAGAACAAAAUAUUCAGACAGAUUUUUCUGAAUUUUUAGAUCAAUUUGACAACAAUACAAAUAAUGUAUUUGAACCUUCCGCUAAUAAUUAUUUUGAACAAUGCGAUCAGACGGAAUAUUUCUCGUCUAAUAAUUGUUCAACGAUACCUCAAAUUGAUUUUUUAUCUUCAUCAAUGACAUGA